AUGGGCGAGCUCCCGCUCCGUUCCCCGCAGCGGCCCGGAGCGGCGGCGGCGGCGGCGGCGCGGUCCGAGCGGAAAGCCGGGAAGCCUGCCCAGCGCGAGGCGGCGGCGGCGGCGGCGGCGGCACGCCGGAGUGCCUGGAGCCGGCCGGAGGACGCCCCCACUCUCGGCGGCGGGACCAUGCCGGAUGCCGCGCGGAGCCUGGUGGCGCUGGCGGCGCUGGCGGCCGCGUGCGAGUGGCCCAUCCCGGUGGUGGCAGGAGAACCUGAUGCAGCAAACACCUGUAGCACUGAAUGCCUCCAGUUUAUAUCAAAGCCAAUUCCUCUGAGUAGACUAGAUAGCUACAGAAGCAUCACCUGCAGAGCCAAGAUUUCAGUAAUACUAAAAACCAAGAAGGAGAAAUAUUUUUGUGCCAGAGGAGAUGACAUCUGGGUAAAGGAAAUUAUGCGGCAAAUAGAUGCAAGGAAUGCUCCUUCAUCUUCCAGAUAUGACACCACCGCAGAAAAUCUUCCUGGGGUUGGCCGACAUUCAGGAGAAGCAAAGGAGGAGCUUGGUGGUCAAGCUCACCCCACCAAAACAUUUAGCACAACCCCCUACAAGACAGCAACACUCCCUGUGAUAACCACAGGAGGCCCCAACUCUUCUGUGGAAAAGGUCCUGGCUGGGUCGGAGACCUCAACUUACCCUACCUUGUUCACUCCUCAACCAGAAGCAGUUCCUGCAAAAUCCACCCUUCAGUCUGACUCAAUUGCAAAUAGGGAAGUAGUGUCAGAAACCACUGAGGGGCACAAAAGAUUUGGGGAACACGUCACACCACCAAGGAAAGGCUUGGAGGAUUUCGCCAGAACAACCCAUCUUUUGGUGUCACCUCCUACCUCCCUUGCAGGAACUGACGAAACAAGUACCAGCAGUAAUGGAUUUGAGACUCUCUUGAGAUCUUCAGUACCUCAUCCCAUGAACUCUUCCAUCAGCAAGCUUCUUGUGGACUUUGUUACAAUAGAUAAGACGGCUAUUAUGAUACCUACCAAGCUGUCAAACUCCUCUGAUCAACAGAGUUUGUUUUUAAGCAGCUUUGGCACAGACCAUAAACCACAGUCAGUUGAGGGUUCUACGGUUCAGUCCUUCCCUGCCAGCUUCAGCCCACGUUCCAGUUCUGAUGGAGACAACCUCAGUUCUGUUAAGUUUAGAGGUGUAAUCAGUGCCAAAGGUGGAGGAAACACUACAGAAACAACUUUAGCUAUUGAAACUGGUACUUUGGGGAGUACUUUUUCCAAAACUUCAGACGCUCUCCCAUUUUCAGAUUAUGACCAGGAAACUUUUAAUGAGGAAAGCACUUCAGUAACCAUCACAAACACCCCGCAAGUUCCUUUCGACGUCUUUCCCUUUUUCCAAUCCAAGUUACAAAAUUACGUUAUCCCUGUGGUUUCCAUUGGGGGUGUUCUCUGUGUCAUCUUAGCAAUUGGUGGCUUAUUAUAUGUUAAACGUGGCACAUGUACCAGACAGUCACCUACGAGACAGGUCCAAGGCCUAAUGUACUUUCCAUGUGACUCUCAAACUGAGUUACACCCCAUGGAAAUUCUUUGACCUUUCCCUCUUUUUGUCUGGCCAGAAUCCGUCCCAAUUUACAGUGGGGGUGGACUGGGGUUAGUUUGAUGUAGCGCAACUGGCGGGUGUCCUGUCUGGUCUCCCUCUUCUUCUCUGCCAAGGGCAAGACAGUUUGCAACUGUUGGUCAACAGGAUACACUAAAACAUAACAACCCAAUAUGAAUCUUACGUUUUUGCCUAUAGGGAUAUAGACCAAGGACAAAGUCUUCGAUGUGGGAGGCAGGCCUCCAUACCAAAACAAGAACUUCCAUUAGAGGAAAAGAGAACUGCUUCUUCCUGGGCUGACUAAGCCAAACAUGCCAAUAAGUUGUUGGUACGGUUUAUUGUGAUUAAUGCUUGGCAGUGUUGAGGCUGGCCAAAAAGGAUGAGCAGAGAUACACAGAAGAUUGGCCCAUAACAUCUACCUGUCCGAGAUGAAGGAUGUGUCCACCUCCCGACUCUUCCCGGUCUACUAGGGAGGCUGACUGAGUGAGCGGGCAGUUGAAUUUUCUUUCACUGCUGGUGAUAAAAGGCCAUGAACCCAGGGGUUGUACUCAGCUGCAGCA